GAGGACUCUCUUUCCCUUUCAUCCAAAUUCUCUUUGGUUUGGGACUCUGUUCCGGUGAAAGCAGAGAGUGGUGUGACUUACAAUGUACCUGCUCUUUCGAGAAAGCGUUGUAGAUCGAAUUCGAUGAACCAGAUGAUGAGUAAUUUCAGAGUUCCUCAGUCUGAAUUGUCAUCUUUUCUGGGUCGUGAGGACAUUCCAUUGCAGAUCCAUCAACAACAAUUGGACAUUGAUUUUGUGGUUGCGCAACAUGCAAAGAAAAUCAGAUUAGAGCUUGAAGAGAGGCAAAAGCAACAAGCAAGAAUGUUGGUAUCAGCAAUCGGAGAAGGAAUCAAGAAGAAAUUAAUAGAAAAAGAUGAGCAGAUUCAGAGAAUGGGAAAACUCAAUUGGGUUCUUCAAGAAAGAGUGAAUAAUCUCUACUUAGAGAGCCAAUUAUGGAAAGACUUAGCUCAGUCCAAUGAAGCCACCGCCAACUCUCUCCGCACCAAUCUUCACCAAGUCUUGGCCCAUGUCGCUGACGGUGGCCGAGCGGCAGUGGCGGAGACCGACGAUGCCGAGUCAUGUUGUGGCAGCAAUGAGAAGGAGGAGGAAGGAGGAGAGAGGAGGGAGGUGGUGGUUGUUGGCGGCGGAGGUGGUGGUGGAGGGAUGUGUAGAAAGUGUGGGGAGAGAGAAUCAAGGGUGGUGUUGUUGCCAUGCAGGCAUCUCUGUCUAUGCAGUGGUUGUGGGUCCACUUUGAUACAUACUUGUCCUGUAUGUAAUUCUUACAUGGAUGCUACUGUCCAUGUUAACUUGUCUUAUUUUUUUUUUUUGGGGAGAAUUUGGAGAAAGACAAAAUAUAUGUUAUGUAUAUGUUGAGAUAGAAAGAUAUAUUGGAUUAGUGUAAUUAGUUUACUUUUAGUCAUGUCAAUUGUUCAUUUUUUUUUUCUU